AUAAUGCUUUUGCCUGUGCCAGUCUGCCUGCUGUCUCGUGGAAAUGUUUUCCUUUUGAAAGAAAAUUUUCAUUUUAAUUAUCAAACAGAGGUGUCUUGUGUUAUCUCAUGCGAUGCUAUAACAGUUUACAUUGUCGGCAGACAGAGAUAAGCGGCAAGUGCAUUUAUUUUGAGUGACCUUUCUCUCAUAAAUUGUUCCUUCGAGGUUAUUUUCUUGUGGUUUUCCAAAACAAACAUGAGAUUAACAUUACGAUUAUUUUCUUCUAUUGUUCAAAAAAGACCAUUUUUCGUUUCUACGCCGAUCUUCUAUGUGAAUGCCGCCCCUCACCUAGGGCACCUGUACUCUGCGGUGGUGGCAGAUGCCAUACAAAGGUUCGAGAAGCUGACAGACCCCAACUGCAAUGUCUUAUUUAGCACAGGCACGGACGAGCACGGUACCAAGAUCCAGCAAGCGGCCUCGAAAGUCGGACAGGCACCAGCCGAUUAUUGCUCAACAAUCUCCGAGGAAUACCGCCGUCUCUUCGCAGAGUACAAUGUGGAACAUACAGACUUCGUCAGAACUACGGAGGAUAGACAUAAGAAGGCUGUGACUCACUUCUGGAACGAGCUGGUAGAGGGAGAUCACAUCUACAAAGCCGUGUAUUCGGGCUGGUACAGUGUCAGCGAUGAGAGCUUCGUGCCCGAGGCUCACACGAGGGAGGUCGUGCAAAACGGACGGAAGGUGAAGGUGUCCGUGGAGUCGGGGCACGAGGUGGAGUGGACGGAGGAACCAAACUACAUGUUUCGUCUGAGCGCCUUCCGGGAACACUUACAGCGGUGGCUCAAAACAGAUGGAGUAAUAACGCCCGGCAAGUUCCAAAAGCAGUUGCAGGAACAGUUGGAGCGGGAAACUUAUUUUCCCGACAUCUCCGUCAGUCGACCCGCCUCGCGGGUUCACUGGGCUAUCCGGGUGCCAGGGGAUGAAGAGCAGAGCAUAUACGUGUGGCUGGACGCGCUGGUGAGCUACCUCACCGCGGCCGGAUAUCCGGACGAGGGGGGGCGAGCGUGGCCCGCCGACGUGCACGUCGUGGGGAAGGAUAUACUCAAAUUCCACGGCGUGUACUGGCCGGCGUUCCUGAUGGCGACGCGCCGCGCCCCGCCGCGCGCGCUCGCGGUGCACGCGCACUGGACCGUCCGCGGCGUCAAGAUGUCCAAGUCUCUAGGCAACGUCGUCUGUCCGAGGCGUACUCCGGUCACUGGCGAUGCUCUAAGAUACUUCCUGCUCAGAGAGGGGACGCUACAUAGCGAUGCCAAUUACAGUGAGACAAAGUUAAUAAACAUAGUGAACUCGGAGCUGGCGGACACGUUGGGUAACCUGGUGUCCCGCUGCUGCGGCGCCGCGCUCAACCCGCGAGGCGAGUUCCCCGCGCUGCACAAAGACGAAGCGGCACAACUCGCGAGGCGGGAUGUCACGCAAGCGUUACUAACACGAGUGGAAAGAUUACCAGACCAAUGCCGAGAAUAUUACUCCACGUACCAGUUCUACAAGGCGGUGGACGAGAUCAUCGCCACCCUCCACGCCUGCAACCUGUUCUUCGAAGCUCUCAAGCCCUGGGAACUGCGUAAGGAGAAUCGUCAACGAGAGCUGGAUGUAGUGCUACACCUGGCUCUGGAGACCUUGAGGGUGUCCGCCAUACUGCUGCAGCCCGUCAUCCCGCAGCUGGCCACCAGUCUGCUGGACCGGCUACAGAUCCCCAAAGAUUGCAGGAACUGGGAGCAUUGCGAGACGCCGUCGUGGCUCGUGGUGGGGGCCAUCCACGAGACCAAGAACAUCCGCGGCGGCAAGUUCGUGCUGUUCCCCCGCGUCUACCGCGACAACAAACCCGCGCCGCAGAACAAGAAGAAAGCCGCGCAGUGAGGGGGGGGGGACACCAAGGUUGAUUGAGUACUUGCUGACAUUAAGUGUACAUAGGUACUACUUAGCUUGACGAAACUAAAUAGAUAGUGAUUAGUGACGACCAAAGUGGCUAAAUAUAUCACACCACAUCUUUGUUACCAUAAAAAUAAGUGUCUUCCGAUACAUUUGGCCACUUGGCAUAUAUUCAAUUCUGACUGGACUAUCCGAUAGAUUAUAAAUAUAUGGGGAGGGACUGAAAGAUGUGAUCUAAAACCUUGGACAUUAGGUCGUUGUUCACGUGGACACGUAAACUGCUCCGCCGCAAAAAAAGACGGGUUAUUCCCACUAGUUACCACCGAGGUGUUACCGGUGGUAACUACUGGAAUUUCUUUCCCACCGUUUACCACUGCGCCGCGCCGCUGGAAAAAAAAAUCUGACCUUUUACCAAUAAUUCUCAGUAGUAACUAGUGGUAAAAGGCGGAAAAAAAAUCCCAGUAGUUACCACUGGUAUCAACUUGGUGGUAACUAGUGGGAAUAACCCGAAAAGACGAAUUCCGCGCAUUUAAUAUUUUUACCACGAAUCCUCAUUUUGUAUAUGAGGAUAUCCAGUAAAAAGUGUACCAUUAAUACUAAAAAAAUAUAAUUUAAAAACAUCGUACAAUAAACCCUUAAUUUGGUAGACAGAGAAUGUAAUAUUUCAAGCUUCUUGGGUGCUCAAUAACAGUUAGAAAUUAUACUGAGGCCAUAAAAUAAAAUAUGUUCAUGAAAACAAUGCCGAAUGAAGGUGUCAGCGACGAUCUCUUGUCUAUCCGUAGACUGUUGGGUGUAGUGUAUAUGUUACUGGGAUUGUUUAAUGAUACGAGUAGUGCAAUAACAUAUUAUAUGGAAGGUGUAGCAGGUAUUUUAAAAGCUGAACGUAUGUACAGUUAAUUCAUAAAUAUGUAUACAUUUCUUCACCUUAAUCCAUUGCAAUAAGUGGGUAAAAAUGUAUACAUAUUUAUGAACUCGACUGUACACAAAUCCAUGUAAAGUCCGACCAGUAAUAUAUGAUUAUUGUCAAGAGGGCGCUGUUAUUCUCAUGUAUAGGGUGACAGUUUAGUAUAGUAUGAAAAAGUUAGUUCCAGUGAAAUUCCACAACAUGGCGCGUGAUCAUAUAUUCUUGGUCAGGCUUUACAGUCAAGGGCACAAAUAUAUAUACAUUCCCAAAGUUUCAAAAAUAUGUAUACGUUUUUACACCUUAGACAAUAAAGUCGUGUUCACAUAUUUUUGAGCCAUUUGUCUGGAUCGAUAUUUUUGCCUUCGACUGUACGUCACAGCAAAGCUAUUAUUAGCAUAGCACUUCUACAUGCAAGUAUGUAUGCAGGGGUGCUAGCCAAUAGUUUUGCCGAAUGUACCUAUGUAGUCAUGUUGCAACUGCAACAUGCAAACUAUAGUCAUUGUCCGUUUUAUCAGUACGACAGCUAAAUAUAAUUUAUUAAAUGAAAUAGAUGUAUAAAUGUAAUACGAAUGAAAAAGUGACCAAGUCCUCCAGAAAUUGAUUAUAAGUCUUAUACUUGGCGUUUAAAAGGUUGAUACUGAUUUGUUAACACAUUAAACAAAUUAUAAAUAAUUAUUAUAACGCCCACCGCUUGCCGCAUAUAAUACAGACUUGAGAUGGUAUAUUCUAACUUGUGUAUUUAUUUUCUUGUCAAACCUAAUGUUUAAUAAAUAGAUUUACCAGUGUAUGUUCCAUAUAGGAUUGAUAACCUACCCUAUUUCCGGCACCCCACCAAAGCUUGACACCUUGCAACUUGAAGGCGGCAAAUAAACAUUAAUAUUAUGUGCAAGGAUGCGUAGCGAGGAAUGUGUUUGUUAAAAAAACCGGCCAAGUGCGAGUCGGACUCGCGUUUCAAGGGUUCCGUACAUUGCACAAUUUAAACAAUGUAUUUUUUAUGUGAAACGUGAGUGAAAUGUCUUUAAAAAACCCGCAGGGGUCUGAUCAAAAACUGAAUAAUUAAGUCCGACUCAUGCUUGACUGCACAUUUCUAAUAGGUUUUCGUGUAAUCUAUAGAUAAAGAUCUAUUUUGUGUAUUUUUUCAAAAUUUUAGACCCAGUAGUUUCGGAGAUAAAGGGAGGGGAAUGGUCAUUUUUUGCCUAGAUCCUAUAAGGGUUCCGUUUUUUCCUUUUGCGGUACGGAAUCCUAAAAACCAAUAGAAUCACUUGAGUUACCUGUCGUCGCUCAGCGCAGCGCAGCUCUAGUGAACGGUAUUAUAUUGGUUCUUAACAAACACAUCCCUCGCUACGCAUCCUCGCACAUCUCUGGUGGAAACGCAGCCUACGACAGCAGUGGUGACGUCUUAAUCAUAGGCUAGCUUACCAUAAUAUCUCAAUGUGUUCACUUAGCUAACUUUAGUAUUGUAUUUGAAGAGUUGGCAUUUCAUCUCAACUUGUGUAGUCAAUGUAUAUGUGGUGCAUUUGUGUAGUUAUUUGUAAAUCUGAUUGUUAUUUAUAUUAAUUGUAAUUACAUUUGUUGUUGAAUUAAACAGUGUUUCAGUGCCUUUUGCCCAGGAUAGAUCCCUAUAUUAUUUACUUGUUUGCAUUUACACCUAUAUUGCACCUACUUUGAAAAAAUAUUUUUUAUUUUUUGUUCUUAUUAAAAAAAUAGUAACGUUAGAGCAUUCCUGAGAAGUAACCCUACGUGGGAUUUCAGGGUUUGUCCAAUGGGCAGCUGCACCACUUUGGCGACGCUCUGGAAUAUAUAAGAUAUAUUAGGAUAUACUUACUAAGAAUAUUGUUUCUAAGAAUCUUCGGGUACAGAAAAAAUACAUCAUUUAUAUAGGUACCGAAUUUGAAGUGUCCGGUGCACUGCCAUACUCUGUCGCUUUCCAAAUCGGUGCACUUAACUUGGGCUGACUCUAUGAAGGACUCAUGAAGAAACCAUAUUCAUUUUAAAAUGUUCAGACAUUUUUGA